GCCUCGCCACUUCCAUGCAAACGCCAACUGUACACGCUCUCACUCCUCGCCUAAUUCUUUGGCCAUCCGAGAUCAUGGCAGAAUCGCCACCGAUCCGAGUAAAAUCUGACAAGACGACGCAUCCAUCCUCAGCAAGCUGUCCUCCAAAGUUCGAACACCGGACAAGAAAUGGAUUCGCAGGAGAGCGCGUGCGUGCGCCGAGCGGUAUAUAUAGACGUACGCGGGUGUCGCACUAGCUCGGGCAUCGACAGCGACGAUCGGCAGAAGGAGAAGAAGAGGAAGAACACCUGUUGGACGACCAUGUCGGAGAGGGGUGGCGGCGAGGGCUCGUCGUCGUCGCCGGGGAAGAAGGCCAGGAAGCCGUACACCAUCACCAGGCCUAGGGAGCGGUGGAGCCCCGAGGAGCACGAGCGCUUCCUCGACGCCCUACUCAGGUUCGGCCGCGACUGGAAGAAGAUCGAGGAGCACGUCCGCACCAAGACCGCGGUGCAGAUUCGCAGCCAUGCCCAGAAGUACUUCCUCAAGGUCCAGAGGCUCGGCCUCGCCGCGGGCCUGCCGCCACAGCACCUAAGCCGCAGGCCAAGCAUGCCGUUCGGAAGCGGCUCGGUUGCGACGACGGUGCUCCACGGCCAUCCGCAGCAGUAUCCAGGUCCAGCCGGCGCUGUUCAGAGUCACACCACCGGCAGCGGGUGGAACAACCCGGGACUCCUUCCACCAUCAAAUGACAUGCAGAUGCUGGACUGGGCAGGCACUUCUUCGGCCUGGGUGAACCAAGGAGGUGCAGGAAGCCGGACCAAUCCAGGUGGCAGCUCGUUCAUGGGCACACCGAGCUUCAGCGACACGACCAUGGACUGGGCUGGCACCGUCGGCGGCACAAGCGAAGCAUCGGCAAUGUCCGAUGCGCAGGACGACACGAUCCCACUUCCGCUCUCUCCAGACGAUAUGCACUUCGCGCAGGUGUACCGGUUCAUCGGCGACAUAUUCGACCCGACCACGCCUUGCCAGAUCGAAGCCCAUCUGCAGAAGCUCAAGGACAUGGACGGCAUCACCGUCAAGACGAUCUUGCUGGUGCUAAGGAAUCUGGAGACCAACCUGGCAGCUCCUCAAUUUGAGCCAAUCAGGAGGUUGCUGUCGAGGUAUGACCCGGCGCAAGGCUUGUCUGGCCAGUUAUAGAGCGUGCACGCAACCUGGAAACAAAACGGUAUCUAACAUGGGUGGCAAAAGAGAGACAAAAAUCCGAGCCUGCCUGGAGGACUGAAGAACUGAUUGGGAAGUUGGAAUAGAUACAUGGUCCGCCAGAGAUAUUACAUACAGAUAUAGUCUGAUAAUGAAUGAUUUUUUUUUUAAGUACUAGUAGAUACGGACUGAGAUAUGUUUGUAGGGGACCUGCCCAGACGUCAUAUCGUGUGUUUAGAGUUCAGAUUUCCAAGUACUAGUACUAAAUUUGUGUUGUAACACGUGAUCAACUUCGAGAAAAUGUCUUUUACUGAAAACAUGAAAUAUACGAAAUUCUUUUAA